AUGAUUCCUGCUUUAUACCAAAAAACUAAAGAGGCUUUAAAAAUAGAAUUGGGUCCUAAUUGCGGCAUACACCACGUAUGCCUCACGAGUGAUUUAUGGACUUCAAGAGCUAAUGAAUCAUACAUGGCUGUAAUUGGUCAUUUCAUUACAGAUGAAUUCCAACUAAAGGCCAUUUUGUCGGACUGCGCACAUUUCGAAGACGCUCACACAAAUGAAAAUAUUCAGAGAGUCUUGAAUAACAUUGUUGAUGAAUAUGAGUUGUCCACCGAAAUUAACUUCAUGGUCACUGAUAAUGGUGCCAAUAUCCAAAAGGCUAUUACCGACAUCGGCUGGAAGCAUUACGGAUGUUAUGGGCACACAUUAAAUUAA